CAAGAUCAUGAUCAGCCAUACUAUUCACAUUUCGCUAUGAAAGACGAACCCCUGACGCUGCUUGACAUCAUGGAGAACGAUGCUCCGCAAGCUGAAUUCGCGUUCUUGUCGGCAUGUCAUACCGCUGCGGGCGAUGAGGACACACCCGACGAAGUGAUCCACCUCGCAGCUGGCCUGCAGUUUUCAGGGUUCAAGAGCGUCAUUGGCACGCUGUGGGUGGUCGAUGAUGCUGUCGCAAAACACGUCGUUGAAGCUUUCUACAAGAAUUUGUUCAAGGAUUUGGAGGAGGGUGA